AGGGCUUUACAUAAUUUUUACUCUACCCACUACCGUCAUCUCCGCAGACCUAUUCAUAAAGCCCCUCCACUCAAGUAUCAUCGCCAGUAAUCCACAGAGCGGAAAGAUCUCGAAUCUCAAUUGCUUCUCGUCCGAUACUGUAGAAGCAGCCGAGGCGUCGCUAAUCUUCAUCUGAAGAUCUCGCCCAGCCAACUACUUGAGGGUCCAGAAGAUUCGGAAACUAGCAAAGGGCACUAUCGACUCGAGAAAGCUGAAAUGACAGGCCAACUCAAGGACUUGGAAUGAGAGUUGCCAAAAUGCAGGUUUUUUAGGCUUUUGGGUUCCGCAGAUACGAUGUUUCCGCGUUUCGACACAGGCAGUCGUCUUCUUUGGUGUCAUAUUGAGGCAUCAACGUGUAUGAACCUGUCUCCGAAAUCCGAACACCCCAAAUGCUAGCAGCAGUAGUCACGAUUGAAGCAUCUCAUACGUCCAUGCCCAAAUCUUUUCUCUCAAUAGAGCAUGCGCGCCAAUUCCCUUUCCGAGAAUAAUCUCGCGUCUGUUAGUCUCGACUGCGCCAGCCCUAUUCCGCAAUCCCAUUCAGAAACACUACGAUGUUCAUUCGAGUACGAGCAAUGAUAUUGGAACCUCCACACUCAGACGACGGGGCAGUUUGUGUCAUGGGAAUUCCGGAGCCGGAGCACAGCCUUGCACCGAAUAUAUUCACAAGCGCUACCUCAGGCCUUUCUUCUUUCACCUGUUCCAUCACCUCAAUGUCACCCCGAUAGUCUUCUCGAUAGCAGAGAUCUUCAAUGACUCCUCAGCAUGCAACGCUCCAGUCACUCUCUACUUGUUACAAACGCUCCCAUGACCUGUCCACAGUCCAUUACUUACAACAUCACUACCCUCUUCCUCAUCGCUACAUGCUAGAGUCGAAUGAAUCCCCUUAUUAUCCCGAGUCGAUUCAUCUCAGAAAGACGUAUGAAAAUGCGAAGAAGGUCAAGAAGCGGCUCGAGGAUGAUAUUGCCCGGCUUAAAGAACGUGUAAUUCCUCGCCUUGAAAUGGAGCUAGCUCACGUCGCUACCGUUGUCGUAGAACAUGCGUUAGUCCUUGCGCCGAUGCGUGUCAUACCCACAGAAGUCUUAUUGCGCAUCAUGUCGUUUUACCUUGGCCCUGACAAUCAGAUCGAUUUGCUAAAUCUUACGACCAGUGCUUGGAGGCUGGCUCAUGUUUGCCAGCGAUGGAGGAGUAUUGUUUUGGGUACGCCGUCCUUUUGGUCGAACAUAACGAUCGAUCUACGCGAUCAAGAACGGUUUUUAGAGCCACAGCACCAAGGCAUCCCCCAAAUCCUUUCUACCCAUCUCAGACGAUCGAACGUAUUGCCAUUGACGAUAACCUUCAAAUCCAAUUCCGGCGUCACCGACCUAGUAAAACGCAUCCUGGACAUUCUAAUCCAAUACCGUGGUAGAUGGCGCAAUGUCGUUCUGGACGUUCCUCCCGAAUUGAUUCCGUCCUGGUGUGGUGAUGGUACUCCCUGUCUGGAGUCUGUUUCCAUCAAUAUAUCGUUCCUGAGAGUCCCUGGGAGGAGGCUCACCCUCUUUUCGACGGCACCUCUCCUCAAAACAGUGACUCUUUUUGGAGCUUCUGCAUUCAGACAUCGCGAAGGUCUCCUCCAUCAUUUUUUCACUCUCCCAUUGUUGCCAGGCGGUGGUGUCGUACUUGGUCCUGGUGGCCUCGUCACAGGCCCGAACCAGGGUGGGUUUGCCGUCAUUCCUGAGGCUCGAGAUAUCUCGCCCAAGCUACCACUUCCUUGGAAACAACUAUCCACUCUUGAUAUCGAGUUUGGUGCCUGGGGCGACUUCCUCCCGGUUUUGAAGCAAACCCCAAACGUCUUAGAUUGUCGUCUCCGCUCCUACGUGUUCACUCGGAGCAUGUCCCAUACCGUAAUCGCACUUCCUAAGUUGCAAUCGCUUGAACUGCUUGGGACGGCAGUCAUGUGCUUGCAGUAUUUAUCGGCACGUUCCCUCAAGUCACUUAUCAUCGGAGAUGCCGCGAAAUCGCCCCACUGUGGUCAAGAUGUUAUCUUCCAAUUCCUUUCCGCGUCUUCAUGCAAGCUCCAACAUCUAUCUUUCCAAUCCAUCCCUAUGAGUGAUCACACUCUAGAUGUGCUCAGAGCCGCACCUUCUCUUUCGAGCCUAAGCCUCUGUCUCGAGACGAACACGGGAUCUACUGCCAAUUUCGAUGCGCUCCUCUCUGCCUUGACGUAUAUCAGCCCAGGGCACGAAUACCCACUCUCCAAGUUGGGAAAACUCUCUUUGAGCAUCUAUCACAAGGACGCGUUUCCCCAUAAGAAACUGGUGGAAAUGGUCAAGUCACGUAGGAGAGUGCCGGUGGAUGAGGAGAAUGCGGGGAGAUACGUUCGGUUGGAGGAGUUUCGGUUGUACGCUAAUACUGGUUGGGUGUCUGAUUUUGAUGAGUUGAAGGAAGAUGAAGGGUUGCAAACGGAGUUUGCGUUGCGUUGAAAGAAAAGAGAAACAUUGCUUUCAGCUCUGUACUUGUACUUUUCAUCUUUGCUCUAUUCAUACCAGCUAGUACAAUUGUAUUCUAUUUGGAUCCGUGCUACUUGUGAAUGUUACGUACCAUUCACCUACAUAGUCUGUAUCCUUACACCGACAUUACUGUAAAAACAACGCCUGCAACAUUCGAUUUUGGUUGACCUGUGAGCG